CUCUCUCCAGUCACCACCUUCAAACAAAACAGCCGGCACCGACGACAUGCGACCAGCAGCGGUCUUCCUACUUCUCGCCGGUUGCACGGCCGCGGCCCACGGAGUAAAACUUCUCAACAGGCAGCCGGAGUGGCUUCGAAAGCCGUGCAAACGAAAAGACCCCAACAUGAACGACUGCAUCCGAGAAACGUUCCAGGGGAUGUUUCCCUACUUGGCCAAGGGCAUCCCUGAAGUGAACAUACCGCGUUUUGAGCCGCUUUUUAUUGAAAAGGUCGGAAUAACGAAAGGCCACGGUGCGGUCACACUCUCCGGCAACUUCAACAACCUGUACGCCCAUGGGCCGAGCAACACGACCACACUGUACACACGGCUUGACAUCAAAAAUGGAAGGUUUGACAUCGGACUUCACAUUCCACAAAUAAGAACGGAAUCGCAGUACGAUUUGAAAGGGAACAUACUUCUUCUACCUCUUAUCGGCGUUGGUGACGCUAAGCUAGUUUUGAAAAAUGUUACCACGGAGGUCUACAUGAAAGUGACUUUUCCGAAAACGCAAGGUGAAGAGGUGAUGCGUGUCGAACAGAUGAAGGUGGAUUUUAGGCUACAGAACUGCAGGGUUCACCUAGACAACCUCUUCAACGGAAAUAAAGUUUUGGGACACACUGUGAACACGUUUCUAAACAAAAACGCUCUGGAGGUUGUGGACGAGUUGAAGGAAAAUAUCGGCGACAGCCUAGGCUACGUGUUUAUGAGAGUGAUGAAUGACGCAUUUGGACGGAUCCCGACCAAAUUCUGGAUACCUAAAGAUUAAAACGAAAGACUUAUUUACAAUUUUAUUUAUUUUUGCCUGCUAACUUUUAAAAGAAUAAACCGGCAUCUGUUUUGUUUUUUGUGUCGAAUUUGUUUUUGUUUGUUUUUUUCAAUUCAGGUGCUUAGAUUUUUAAAAGUUAUUCGGAGGAAAUUUAGUCCUUAGAUGAAUUUUUAGUAUAAUUAAAAAAAAAAAGACGCGAUCUUAUUAAAAAAAAUUUCACGAGCGGGGUUAAUUUUAUUUUACCUUUUUUUCAAUUUAAUAAGCUUAAUAAGAUUAUCAAUGUGUACAAUUAGUCUUUCAAGUUUUAAAUUUAGGUUUUUAAAAUUUAGAAAUCAAAAAUUUUUCCUUUAUAGGUUUGAAAUUUGCAUCUAGCAUGAUGAUUUGUUAGUUGAUGCCUAAUAAAUAAGAAAUAAGUUUGAUCAAAAUUAUAUUUUUUAACAACUGGCUUCAACUUCUGCCAAAUCAUGUUUGUGUAAAUUGUACUGUAAAUAAUUUUAAUUAUACAUUUCUUUAUUUUUUGUAAAUAAAUAAAUCAUUUUUUUUUA